AAAUAAAUAGUAGCUAAUAUUUCGUCCUGUCAUACGAGGCUUUGUCAGAGUAAAAGUCGUUUUUUUUCUUAACAUUUUGUCAGACCAUUCCGAAAUAGCCUAACCAUAAUGUUACAAACAAUACGUUUACGUGAACCUUCUGGCCAUUCACCUAGCUCCUAAAUUUCUUUAUCGAAAAUUUUCUUUUUCGAUACUUUUUACCAUUUAAGAUCCAUAACAAUAUUUCAACAUUUCAUACAAUUACCUUAGCUUAAUAAAGCAAAAUAGAAUUUGAACAAGUUGCUUACCCCUAAAAAUCAAUCCUACAAAAAUCUUAAAUCUAAAAGGUAGACUGAUCAUCGCUAUCCUAAACACAGCAGAGUACCCAGCCCCUGGGAAGAUAGUGUUUGGCGCACAACUUUAUCACAAUUCCACUACAACACAAUUUAUUCACGAAAGGCUCCCCAGCUUUCAGUACAAAGGUGUAGGGUCAGUGAUGCCGCGGAAAGGGGCUCAGUCCGCCUUGUUAAAAUUCAGGUAGAUUUUUUUGGGGCUCAGCCCUCUUAACAGCCCCCUUUGAUAUUUGGUUGGACGAUUUGUGUUGGCCAUCCUAUAUUUUGCUACAUGAAUGAGCAAUUUUGUAUCAUCAAAUAGUUUGAAUGACCUCUACAUCCAACGGAGAGUCUUGAGCACAAAUGCAAGUACGUAUAUUCGGUAUGGUCAAGUGGUUACGGGUGUGGUCACGGGUGUGGCCUCUUGGAAUUGCCUAUAGCACAGCCACCCUUUCUAACUUUGUAGGAAGGCACCCCUGUAUAGAGUGGAAUAAAAUUGUACCGCACAAUGAAACGUUGGGUAGGAACAGGUGGAUGCCAAUUUGCGAUUAGCUGGCUGGUACACAAGUCAUGAGUACACCCUUUUCAGCUGAAAUGCAGAGUCCAGUAGAGUUGUCAAUCUUCCUCCGGCCAAGCAUAUCUUGCUACAAAACCUUCCUCAUUUUUGAUGUGUUUUAAAUGGGCGUGGUCUGGAAGUUGGAGGUACUCAACAUGUUUUUAACCCUUUUCUUGCAAUUCUACUUUUCCAAAACAUUUUAAGAAUUGUAGCUUGUUUUCAAUAAUAGGUAUUUUGGGGUCAGAUAAAAAGUAACAUCUCUAUGUCAAUUAAUAACAAAUGCGUGUCACAUUUUGAAUAUAUGAAAUUAUGAAAAGUUUGCGCCUAAAUUCUACAGUGCAAAGCACUUCUGUAAGAAAUCUAAUAUUAAAAAACAGGAGGUUUAUAGAUCUUAUUUGAUCUUUUUUAUUUUUGUCUGAGUGCAUUUUAAAGCCAAAAGGCAAUAUUUGGUCACCCUUUUCAAUUUCCUUUUGUUUCUACAACCUUCCUCCGGCCAGUGGCCAUGGAGCCGUAAUGUUUUCUGACUCUGCUGGUGUGGACAACGGGGAAAUUUACCUCAACUCUUCCUCAACUUGUUUGUGGUAUGAAUAUUGGGUUUUUUCAUCCAGAAACAUUUUGAUUACAGAUGAUCAAUGGUUUUGUAAUUGCGUGAUAAUUCACCAAAUCAUGUUUAGUACAUGCAGGUUUUCAUGGUGAUAGAACCGCUCUUGCCUUGGCUUGCAUCUUCAACCUUUUAUCACAUACUAAAGGAAAAAGUCCAGACCAAAUAGACAUGUCUGCUCGAGCCAAAAUCACGACGCAGGAUACGGCGGAUUUUGUCUGCAAGGCGCGGUCAGCUGUUGAUUUAGACGGAAACUUGAAAGAUGGCAAUCUGGCAUGUCCACUUUCGAAGUGGUUUGUUUCAACCAUUGAACAUUGAAUCUUGACAAGCGCUUCUAUUGAGAUUGUCUCAUUUUGGUGUCUCGGAUGAAGUAUUCAAGACUAUAUUUUAAUUAGUGUUUACGUCACUUUCCAGUGAUCCUGAAUAUCAGCGGAAAAUAAAGCAAAUUUAAGAAAUGAUUUUAAAACAUGACAAGGAAGCAUUUGUAUCACUUCAUUCAAUGUAAUCAACUGGGCUAAUCAUACCAACUGUCCUGAUCACAUUAAAACAACACCAGCUUUAAACGAGCAUUAUCAAACUUGAUAUACCCUUUGUUGAUCGUACAUUGUUGAUCACCCUUGUUGUUUAUCAUGUCACAAUCUUUAUUUGAUCAUCGUCAUUAUAUUAUCAGCUAUGAGCUAUACAUCACUAAUCGCCAUUCGCCAACUUGAUUGAAUGAAUGAACUUGAAAAAUUCAAAUUAAUUUUAAUUGGCAAAAGUUUAAUAGAUCAUUUCAUCAAAAACCCUAAUUUAGACUCGUGACUCAUAAUAUGAUGACUGUUUUGAAAGAUAGCUAAGCAAUUUUUCAAUUAUCUUUUAGGUGAUAUAUUGAAACUUGUGGUCAAAGGCAAGUUUUCAUCGAUCGAUAGAAUGACGCCGUUAAGCAAUUGACGUUGCCAGUUGCUCUCCUCGUCUACACCAGGUACCUCAUGUUACGUCUUACCUUCUUCGGAUUUUCCCUGAAACUUGUUGGAUCUUUACCUAUUUACUGCAUACAUUAAAGGCGACUAAAUUUUUUUUUAAAUACUAAGGCCCAAAGCUGCUACAAAGUUUACUAGAAAGAGUGUGCACCCAUUUUAACUUUGCAAUUUUGAAGGGGCGUUGAAAAUUUUUCAAAUAUCUUGUCGUAUUUCUGCAGUCUGAUCCUUGAUGAGUCUCCAAAUUUCAUAUCAUCAUAAAAUCUACAGAAAUGCACAAACACGAUGAAACAUUGUGCCCGGACUCGAAAUAUGCUGGCACAUCGUGAUUCGAGCUCAAAAACGUGAUACUAUCUAUAGAAAGAGGCCAUACUUUAAGUUUGGGGUCUGUACUCACUCUAUACAUUGAUUCGAUGUCCUUCUUAACCAUUUUGAUAACUAGGAAAAAAAUUCAUAACUUGAUUGAUAAAGAAUUCACCAAGGCAACUUUUUGUCUUUUGUUUUUCAAGGAAAUCAUCCAACGGGCGUUUCACAAGGUAUGGCCAAUCAAGGGAAGUUAGUUCGUUAAAAUUGCAUAGCUUUGUAGGAGUCAGUUUUCUGGACUGCUAACUGUACUUCUUUUUAUUCAUUUCUCCAACUACCACCAGCCACCCAUUUUCUGCCUGCAACCAUUUUCGUUCUGAAGGUGAACUGAAAUCGCCGACUUACUUUCACACGCUUAUUUACAUUUGACGGGCCUUGUGGAGGAGUGAUUUGUUAAUAGCUGUAUGGGUGGUUUUGGCAGCCGUAGGAUAAAAAUAGGUUUAGUUGGCCCGUCCAACGGAAGGUAUUUUCACACGAAAUUUAUCGAAAGUGUUUUUGAUGAUUAAAUGACUAAUGAACGGUGCUUCUGAUAUCAAAAUCAGAUUUAUCUAAUGUAAUUAAGCCCAAUUGGGAACAAUUGUGACCAAAAAAGUAUGGUGAGAAACCAAUCAACGAUUGCUCGCCUUAAUGAUAGGCAGAUGAUAAAUGUCAUAAACAGAUCACUUACAUGGCCAUGUCACAUCUAAUGUCUAUAAUUUGGGUUGUUCCGGACUAUAAUUUAUGGUAAUCGGAGGUGGAUGUGCGAAGAGCAAGGUCGUUUUAGCAGCCGAGGACGAGUCUUAAACAACACAGGAGUAGGACAAGUAUUUUAGAUUUAUAUCUUUUUUUAAUUACGUGAAUGCUUGUGUUUUUAUGGCUGCAAAUUUAAAUGCAAAAGUCUAGAGCCUGACAAAAAUGCAGGUAGAAAAAAGGCAGGCGUUUGACAUAAAGUCUUUAAUUGGAAGUCCAGACGAAAGCCCGAAAGAGGACAAGUGCAAACGCAGCAAGGAAGAUUUCUCUCGAAGGGAGUCAGGCUUCUUGAGUGAGCAAAGAUUGAAACCGUAUCAAAGAGAUGGUUGCGACUCAAAGAACGAAAGCUAUCGUUCUAGGAUUCUCCCAAAGGCAAUUCGCGGAGAUUAUUUGCGAGGCUCUGGACAAAUAAAGCCUGCAUGCUUUAGAGAACAUCCAGAUAUUGCAGCGUACUGUUCGUCAAAGACAUUUCCUGUUCCCCAUAACUCAUGUUGCUUUAGAAAUAAUGAAGAACUUAGCCGCAAGUACAUUGCGUUACCAAGUUAUAGCAGAACUGACCCAAUUCUAGCUAAACACACAAUCCAGCCUUGUCAGCAGCUAUUUCCAAGCCACCCUGGACCACAGGACAUAAGAUCAUACUAUUUUCUGCAGCCUGAUCUGAUCAACAAUUACAGUAUACCAUAUCCACGCCCCGACCUAAUGGCAGCACAGAAUACAGGUAGAAGAAUUCGGACUACGUUCACCCCAUCACAAUUAAAUGUAUUAGAGAAAAGAUUCAAAGCUAGUCAUUACAUAGUUGGGGAUGAAAGAAGGGAACUUGCGCAGGAGCUUCGCCUAAACGAGUCUCAGGUAAAAAUAUGGUUUCAAAACAGACGAACAAAAUAUAAGCAAGAAAAAUCUUUCGAAGAAGUGGGAACUGGUAAGGUAGGAAAACGAAAAGGAGAGCACCAUGUUAAGAAAUGGCAGUUGGAUACAAGCUUCGUCGAAACCACAACUAAAAAUGGUUUAUUAUAAACUUGGGGAAUCGCAGAUAUUUCUUGUGACAAUUAGGGAAAACCUAAUUCAUAUUCAUCGUUGGGCCUCGCAGCUUAAAUAUUGGUUUUCAGGGUUUUCAUUGCUGCUAGAGAAUCAAGCAGAGAGUCAAGCCAUCACCAGUUGAAAUUGUUUUCCUUUGUAGCUGGCAUCCUUUUUGCAAAGAGUUAAGCAGUCGAAUUAAAAGAUGUUAUAAGCAAAUGUUAGUUUGAUACUGUUAAUUGACGUCGAAUUAUAAAUGUCGAGAUUUUACAAGAUUUUUGCUCAAAAUGAAAUUUUUCAUAAAGAUCUAUAGACAUAAGAAAUACAUUUCCGUUGUACUCAUCUCUGUUGAAUUGUUUGUUGUACUAUAGCUUUUUGGUGACAACAGUUAAGAAGCAUUUCAAGGAACGUUUAAAUUUCAUAGAAAAUAACGAUAAGGCUGUUUGUCUCCUCCUCAGCGAUUGGCUGAUUUGACCAAUGGGUUUGAGCAGAGGGGACAAGCAUGUUUACAAGCUUAAUCGAUUAAUUAAUUUCAGUUGAUCAGUUCCUGAAGAACCUUUUGAUACAUUCAAUUCUGAAAAUUAGCCAGAGAUGGCGGCAUGUUAACCAACGAAAAACUAUCAUAUGAUUCAAAUUAUCUAGUUAAUGGGAAAACAUGAAAAAUUAAAUCGUAUUUUUGACCUUAAAUUGAAAAUGAGUUUUCAUUUACAUCAAUUGUCGCCAUUCCAGGAUUUCAAAACCAAAGUAAUUGCAAAUGAUGACCAAUGUACCUGUGUCUCACAUGGCAAUCCUUAACAUGGUCUUUUAAGACGUAUUGCUAAGCUUGGAUAUCGGUACAAAGCAAGUGAAGGGGUAAAACUGAACAUGGAGUCAUCAUUUUUCCAAACAUUAAAUACCUUCAAUUGGCAGAAAGCAGGUGCUUGGAAGCAAAGAUAUUUAUGACGUUUACAAUGGUUUCUAGUAAACUAUAUUGCACGAAAAGCAAACUAUUGCACACCAUUAUUUGAUUUAAAGCAAAAGAAGAAACUUGUACUCGUUUCGAGAAUAAAAUUGGCACCAGUCUUAGAAACACUACAGCUAUCUAGACUUGCAUAGAAAGAGAAUGGAUACUCAUAAAAACUGAAAACUCCAUUAGCUUCAAUAGCUUUAUACAGAUGUACUGUUUAUGUUUAAAAACUAAGAUUGAUAUAAAAGAUUUGUAUGAUUAAGAGAUAUAAAUAUAAUGUAGAGUUUUUCAUUAUGUCUAAAUCGUAGUUGCGUUGCGUGUUUAAUUUAUUGUAUUUUCACAACAUGCACAAUAUUUCAUAUAUUCAGAUAACUUAUUUCGUAUGAUGUCUUCUAAGCUGAAAAUAAAUUUAGAUAUGUAUAUGUUUAAAGCCAAAUUGUAUUUGUAACUACUUGUAACAGAAAUAUUGAAAUAAUUAACAAUCGAUGAGCAACUCUUUGCAUACAUUCUUUAACGCGUGCUUCUUGAUUUAAAAAUACGUGCAAUUCAUGAUUGUGAGGCCUAUUCUUUGCGUCAGGAACUUUAGC